AUGUCAUUUCUUCCAAGACCAUCUCUCCAUCCAGACCUCGCCGAAGUACAUGACCAACUUCCUAGGGAUGAUGAGAUCAGCACACCCGAGCAAAUCGCCAACCGCCGGAAAGCCCUCGACUUCACAUUGGAGUAUACCCUCCGAGGAAGAGAAGAUGUCUUUUCCCACGAGGAAAGAGAAUUCACUGGACCAGCCGGUCCACUGAAAGCCUCAGUCUUCCGUUCAAAGCAAUCCAAGAACGUCAAACCCCCAGGAAUCCUAUUUAUUCACGGCGGCGGCCACGUAUCUGGAAGCCGUUUCCUGGGCAUUGACUGUGCCCUAGACUGGGUGGAAGAGUUCGGUGCCGUCCUUGUCUCCGCUGAUUAUCGUUUUGCGCCGGAAAAUCCCCAGCCAGCACAGGUGGAAGACAGCUACGCAGCGCUGGAAUGGAUGAGCGCACAAAGUCAGGAACUUGGGUUCGAUCGUGAUCAUAUCAUUGUAUGUGGUGGUUCGGGUGGUGGAAACCUUGCUGCUGGUGUGGCUCUAUUAGCGCGUGAUCGGUCCGGACCACAAAUUCGGGGCCAGCUGUUGAUGUAUCCUUGGCUGGAUGAUAGUAAUAUCACCCAUUCCAUGAUGCAAUUUGCGGACCUUGCGCCGUGGACGAGGUCGAACAGUAUUGAUGCGUGCAACUAUGCCUUGGGUGUGAAUCGGGAGCAUGCUACUAUUUAUACUGUUCCGUCGCGUGCCAAAGACCUUGCAGGGUUGCCGCCGACUUGGAUUGAUGUCGGCGAUGCUGAUGUGUUUCGAGAUGAGAAUGUUGAUUACGCGUCUCGGUUGUGGAAAGCGGGUGUCUCAACUGAGCUGCAUGUGUGGCCGGGGUGCUGGCAUGGGUUUGAUGCUUUCGCACCGGACGUUCCAAUUAGCCGAAGAGUAAGAUCGGCGCGAAGUGAAUGGGUGCGUAGAUUGAUCUUUGGUUAA